CAAUCACAAGUUUCAACCACAAAUCAGCACGUUGAUGACACAUUUCGCCAUCACUAUUUGUAUCAACAAAGGCGCUCGUUUUCCUCCAUAUCAUUCUUCGAUUCCUAUUCCACAGGAAUCGAUCAGAUCCUUCACUAUCUGCUUGUGUUUGAAAAAUGGAUUCGACUUCAAGUUUGUAUCCAUUGCAUCGAUCCAAGACUCUUCACCUGGUUAGGCAUGCACAAGGAGUUCACAAUGUAAUAGGAGACAAAGAUUACAAAGCCUACAUGUCUCAUGAGUAUUUUGAUGCUGAGUUAACUCGAUUAGGCUGGCAACAGGUUGAAAAUUUGCGAAAACAUGUUCAUGAAUGUGGGCUUGCUAAAAAGAUUGAAGUAGUUAUUACAUCUCCUUUGUUGAGGACUAUGCAAACAGCAGUUGGAGUAUUUGGUGGAGAAGGUUACACAGAUAAAGUUGAUUCAAUGCCAUUGAUGUUGGCAAAUGUUGGAAAUAGUGGUCGAUCUGCAAUUUCAAGCCUAAAUUGUCCUCCUAUUCUUGCAGUUGAACUUUGUCGUGAACAUUUGGGUGUCCAUCCUUGUGAUCGUAGGAGAAGUGUCGGUGAAUACCAAUGCCUAUUUCCCGCUAUCGAUUUUUCAUUGAUAGAAAGUGAUGAGGAUGUGUUAUGGAAGGCUAAUGAAAGGGAAACAAAAGAAGAGCUUGCAAAUAGGGGGAAAAGUUUCUUUAAUUGGCUAUGGACACGUGAAGAAAAGGAAAUAGCUAUUGUAACUCACAGUGGAUUCUUGUUUCAUACACUUGCUACAUUUGGUAAUGACUGUCAUCCGUUGGUAAAAAAAGAAAUUACCAAACAUUUUGCAAACUGUGAGCUUCGUUCCAUGGUGAUUGUUGACAAAAGCAUGUUAGGAUCAGAUCCUUCAACAACUGAUUAUCCAGGAAAGAUCCCUCCAGGACCAGAUAUCCCAAGUGAUGUCGUUGAUAAAAAGCUUGCAAAUGAUGACACGGUUUCUGGCUCCACUUAAUUAGUGACAAUUUACCUUUUUGCCCCUCCCCCAUACCAAAAAAAAAUCAUCAAUUCUAUUCUGUACAAUAUGAAUGAGAAGCUGAAACAUUAAUGCUACUGUUGAUGAUGCUUAAUGAUUUGUGAACUAAUAGCUAGUUUUUAUUCCAAAUUCCAAAAUAAGGUUCCAAUA